AUGGAGGAACCAGAAGAGACCCCUCCAACAAAAGUUGAGACUGGGACUAGUCCCAUAAGACAAGAGGAGGAGGGUUCUACAAAAGUUGAAGCAGGGACCAACCCCCCAGACCAGGAACAGGAGGGACCAGCAAGAGUGGACACAGGGACUGACCCCCUUGAGCAAGUAGAGGAGGGUCCUUCCCAAUCAACCAUGGAGGAACAGGCUAGUAAGCCAACAGACCUCAGUCAGAGGGGCUCCCGGAAUCUGACACAGAUAGAUGGGGAGGAAGUGGAUACCAGUAAAAUGAAAUAUGUUGAGGGAGUUCAAUGUGCUAGGGUGGAUGUCAUGGAUACAGGGUUUGCAGUGCCAGAGGUCAUCAUUAUGGAAGGUCAAGGAGUUUUGUUUGAAAAGGGAGGCAGAAAGACCCUGGAGAUUGUUCAGGUGAUCCAUGAUGGUGACAACCUAAGACCUGUGAUUGGUGGAUUUGGUUCCAAAGAUGCCAAGGUCAAGGACAAAGAUGAUAACUAUAUACAACAAUUCAACUUAGAAGGAGAAUAUAAAUUUGCAGUGUCUAAGAUACGUUGUACACCUCUGACUGUGAUUGUAAGACGACGUCUGCCGUUGAGGGCAGGAGUGACAGACGAUGGUUUUAACCCCCAGAUCAUUGCUGUUGACCAGGGGGACACGGUUGAGUGGUCAUGGAAGGACUGUACUGUGCCCCACUCCGUACAGGAAGUGAAUUAUCUGUUUGACAAAGGAGUGUUUGUCAAAAGUCAGUGGGCAGAUGGGGCAAGUAAUGUUGUAAGAACAAUCACAGGACACUUCUCAAAAAAAUUUCCGCGUCCAGGAAUAUACUUUUUUCAGACAGAGAGUUCCGAGCUUCAUAAACAACAUUUCUGUGUUGUGAGAGUCCGGCAAAGCAUCAGGGAGUACAAAGUGGAGAUAUCAGACCGUGCCUACCACCCCCCUGUGUUACUGAUAGAGACAGGGGACAGAGUCUGGUGGUACUGGGACAAAUUCAAGUGCAAGAAACACCAUUGUGUAUAUCAGAUAGAGGCCCCGACCUUGAACCAGGAUGAUGAGGAACCAUAUCAACCGGUUCAGAAUGGCUUCAGGUGGAGUCAACCAAGUAAGCAGGGUCUGCUGUCUCAUGUGUUCACAGAACCUGGAGUGUUCUAUUACUCGGACCAAAACUUCCAGGAGGCAGCUGAGUACAUUGGUACUGUGAUAGUCAAACCUAAACCAAAGGAACACAGGGUAAUGAUCAAGGAGGACGGUUUUGAACCAGAUGUAGUACGAAUCAGAACAGGAGAGAGAAUCUGGUUCUGGUGGAACCCCAUUCUGUUUUCAAAGAAAAAUAUUCCAGUUUUACUGAGGGAGGUAGAAAAAUGUCUGAACCCAGCAACGAAGCGACCUUCCACACCAGAGGAUGAAUCUAAAUACCAGCACCCAGAUGAGGAGACUGUAAAACUGAUCACAGAUGUGGGAUUUGCAACAGUUUUUUAUUCCACAACUGGAGUGUACCAUUACAGGGUACGGAACUCGACUGUGUGUUCUGUGAUAGUCAGCCCAGGAGAAAAGAAUCACACAAUCCACCUGACAGACAGCGGUCCAGAACAGAAGGUCAUCAUGUCGGUCCGACCCAAUGACCGGGUCUGGUGGGUGUGGCAGAGCACCAAGAAGCAGCAUAAUGUCAUACAGGUGUCCCAUCAAGGUGAUCCCAUCCCUGGGGGAUUCUGCAGCGGUAUGCCUCGGGACUCACCCUCAGCUUUCGUACACACCUUCGAAUUUCCAGGAGUAUUUUACUAUAAAAGUCAAAGUUUACCAAAGAUAUUUGGAGCAGUGGUUGUGACCACACAGCCAGUGGUUCACGAGGUGGAAGUAGGACCCAUCAUACGUCCUGACCCCAUCUCUGUCAAAGUUCACGACAUUGUGUGCUGGAUCUUUAGCAAACCACAAAAAGAGAAUGUAGUCGAAAUCACCCAUCCUGACCAAGUUACAGAAGAUCUACAGUGUGAAGAAGUCAGUGCAAGGUCUUGUUUGAGCAAGGCUAUAGACAAAACAGGAGUGAUGCAUUUCUACAGCAAGUCCUUCAACAAACAAAAGAAAAAUGUCGAAAAUUACCUGGAGGAUGUGAGAUUUAGCAGUGUGAUCAGUGAUGAGCGCUAUGACAACACAGUCAUCAAAGUCGACCAGCAGGGAUUUCAUCCACAUUUUGUAUAUGUACAGAAGGGAGAAAGUGUCAGAUGGACCUGGAUCAACACGGAUGAGGAACACAAUAUCAUCCAUGUCACCUCUCCAGAUAGCAAGGACCGUUUUGGAAGAAUGAACCCUCAAGUUCCAAUCAAGGAAAAAAUUGUCACUGGAAUCCGAGGUUUUCGGAGCGGCAUGUUGGAGAAAAAUCGAGAGUUUUUACACACAUUUGAUAGGAUCGGACAGUAUUUUAUCAUGUCUGAGGGGGCGCCAGAUGAAAUCUGUACUGUUUUUGUGGUGGAUGCUGAUCAUGUAAAGGAACCUUCGGUAGCUCCAAACUCCUUGAAUGGAGGAACUGUUGAUCAAUUCAGCAAGAUAGAACUGGUCUGUGAAACACUCGGAUCCAAAAUUUUCUACACCACUGAUGGAUCCCCACCUGAACUUCACAUUGAAUCAGCAAAGCUAUACAACCCAGAGAAAGGUGUCAUUCUUAAGAAACAUGGACUGUGUUUUAUAAGAGCUAUGGCAGUAAAGGAAGGACUCCUCAAUAGUUCCAUUUUUACCUCUAAGCGAUACUGGGUUUUGGCCAAAGAGGGUACGGUGGAGGAAAGUUCCUCAGAAACAGAGACAUCUGGUGACCAGAAGGAGGAGAAGCGACAGACUCCGCAGAAAAAUGAUAAUUGGGACUGGUGGAGUUGUGCGCCGACCGUCAAAGCGUGCUUUACUGACCCCGGGGUCAUGGAGGUUUUCUGGGAGGAGCCUAAUGCUAUCCAGAAAAAACUCAUCAAAGGGUACCAGAUUUUCCUGAAUGGAGUGAGGUACUGUGAAAUGUUCCCUCCCAAUAAUAAUAGUCUUAACAUCACUGGACUGGCAGGAAAUCGGAUAUACGAGGUUUAUGUAGAGGUCUAUUCUCUGGAUAAAAAACUCAACCCUCAGACCUCAAACAAACUGACAAUGAAGGUGCCUCUGAUGACAAAGGAGGGUGGACCAGUAAUCUCCCUUGAGCGGGCUAACAAGCAGGAUGCCCUGGUUGUGGUAUGGAUGUCUAUCGACACCACUGAGUACCCCAUCAAGGGCUACCUCGUGUUCCUAAAUGAUCAGCAGUGUGGAGCUAUGCUUGUGCCUGAUCCAGACAAGAACCGAUGUAAGGUUUUCAUUGGUGGAUGUGAGCUGAAUAAGGAGCAUAGGAUCUAUGUUGUUGCUCUACCAAAAGACAAUGUUGAAGAUGGGCGUAUGUCCAAUGUGAUAGAGGUGGUCCUCCCACUGGAUACCUCACAGAUUGUACUUCCUGACGAGGACGAGAGACUGGACCAAGAGGAACUCUACCAGGAGUACAUCUCUAUACAGGAAGGAAGUGGAUAUCUGGCAGCCAUGGAUGCAAAACGUCAUCACAUUGAAACUAACAACGUACCACCUCUCACUACCAGCUACCAGUAUACAUCAAGUAAACAACCCACGGACAGAAGAUCGGGAGCACCGGCUGUGGUAGAAGUGGAAGAUCCCAGAUACAGAGAAUCCUCUGAUGAUCAGAGUAUGAUGACAGAUGACAACUAUGAGAAGGGAACACAAACACCAAGGGGCAAAUCUCGAGUGAAAAAUCUCAGAGAUAGCUAUGGCUCAGGUGACUUCUCAGAGGAGCGAGCUCAAUCUCGGCGAGCACAAAUUUCUGACUCGGAGAGUGAGACUGAGUCUGAGACUGGCUCAUCAGAAAGUGAAACUGAAAGUGAGACUGCCUCAGAAGGAACUAGAUUAUCUAACGAAGGAAGUGUUAUGGUGGUCAGCAUGAAGGAUGCAAAGUAUGCUCCAAAGGUCAUGAGAGAGGUCAAGCAACAGAGCAGACCCAGGAGCAGUUACAUUGCUAGAGAUGACAAAACUGACACUGGGACACAGUCGGACAUCACUCCGAGACCCCCUUCUGCUAGGCGGUAUCGAGAUACUCAUAGUGCUUGCUCAGACAUAAGUCCUCCUCGGUUAGCUCGAAGGGCACUCAUUGAAGUAGAGGAGACAGCCUCAAUUGAUUUGAAUGAAGACCACAUGAUGAAGAGUGUUGUUGUGUCCAAGGAAAGAGGAAGUAGACGCCGCCAAGUAGAGGAAGGGGAGCCUGUAUAUAACCCUGCCAAUGACGCACAAGUGGGUGUGCCUGCUCCAACUAUCAAAGUAUCCAGUAUGGGUAAAUCAGGGUUGAUUGUGGAGUGGUACAUUGACAAUCGUAUUGACUCAGAGUAUGAAGUCCAGCAGUAUAUCGUCAACAUUGUGGGCCGAGACUUCAGUGUCAAGGAUGUCAACAGUCAUAUCAGUUUUGAAUGUAACCUUGUGGAUAACAAAGGUCACAGUGUUAGAGGUACCCAGCAUUGCUGGACUCUGGAUGGAAACAAACGUAAAAUCAACAUCAGGGGUCUGUACCCUGACAACACGUACAGGGUGUUUGUGGUGGCAAAUUAUGGUUUCCGUGACGAUGAGGAGGAACAAAAGCCUAUAGAGGUCCAGGCUACAUCUCCUGUGAUUUACUACACCACAAUAGGACCCCCUCUCCCUCCAUUUGUCAGGGUUCUCAAUGUUGGAUUAUAUCAGACCACAGUUCAAUGGGAUCCUCCAAGACUACAGAGUGGGCUGGAGUUAUUGGGUUAUAAAAUCUAUGUAGAUAACAAGGUUCUACAAGGUCUUCAGAGAAAAGACACACGACAAUUGGUGAUUAAUGACCUGGUGCCAGGAAAAACAAUCGGUGUAUCGGUGGUAGCAGUCCUGAGACAAAGUGGUAUAGAGAGUGAACCCUCCCGACAGAUACACAUCACCUGUCCUAAGAGGCCUCCUCCCCCUCAUAUCAGCCAGCAGCCCCUCCACAAACACGGCAGUGUAUUAGUGGCCUGGGACAAGCCAGGAGGGGUCAGGAGAGCCGUGGCUCAGGAGGGAAUCACCAGCUACAGGAUAUAUGUCAAUGAUAAAUACUUUGGGAAGAUAGAUGCCUCCCCCAAAAUGGAUCGCCAAGGUUACCAGUAUGUGAUCACUGGCCUUAACCCUGAGGAAAGCUAUGAUGUCAAGGUCAAGAGUAUGGCUGGUCAGAAACAUGUCGAUCCCGACCAGAACCACAUUUUCUGUAUCAGUGAGAGUGCUUUCUCUAACACUAUCCCUGUCCAAGCUCCAGCGGCUCCUAAAUCUCCAGAGCUCAGGCUAGAGAGCAUGACCCCCCAGGGAAUCAGGGUCACAUGGCUAGCACCUCAGCAGUACGGGGAGGCAGAAAUUUCUGGUUACCGUCUGCUGAAGAAUGGUAAACUGUAUGGACACGUCAUGGGACCUGACGUUAACGCUGUAGAUAUUACUGGGAUCUCCCUCGGUGACAAGGUUGUCCUUCAGCUGGUGGCCUUGACAAAUCAUCCAGUAGGGAAACUUGAGCGAGCUCUUAUGGAGCUCGAGAGAGAUGAAUCAUCACCACAACAACAAGCACAACUCACUGGUAGUGAUCAGAAAGUGUUCACUCUGACAGAGGGAGUGAAAACCAAGGGCUGGACUAAAACCGAGUCUACUAACAAACUGGAGGAUAUGUUGCUUGGAGAGAAAUAUGCAGGUUGUCGUCCAGGCCCCAAACUGACCGUUCACUACACAGGCCUCGUCAGGGGUCCGGACGAUGUGUGGCUAGAGCAGGUGACUGGACACUCAGCACUUGUGGUCUGGAAAAAAGAGGACAAGCUACAUGGCCACUUUGUUCGUCCUGACCAUUAUGUAGUGACCUGGUGGUGUGGCGAUAAAAACGAUGUCCAGAGUGAAGAGACUAAAGAGGAUCAUAUUCUGAUCACUGGGCUCCAUCCAGCAACAACAUACACCAUAGUCGUUGAGGCGCGUCGUAUGGAGAAUUACAAGGUCGAAGGAGAAGAAAAUGACACCACCAACAAGUUUAUCCUAACCGCCCAAUCAGAACCUCUGACUCUGAGAACGGCCCGCCCACCUGACCCGCCCAGUAAUCUGUCGAUAGCUGCCUCAACAUGUAAUGCCCUCAGACUUGUCUGGGAUCCACCUGUAGAACAUGGAGUGGAAAUAAUAGCUAUCCGUAUUGAUGCCCAGUCUAUAAAUACCAGUGACCCUCAUCAUGUGUCAGUAGAAGUACGACCAGAUGAAUGCAAGGCCGACAUUGAAGGUCUGCGAGAAAAGACAGACUAUGUUCUACGAGUCACAGCAGUUACUGAUGAAUAUUUCGACAGACUUCCAGAGAGGCACAAGCUAAAGAAAGUCCGUUCCAUUCCCAGAGACAGAAUGGUUGCUGCUGAUGAUUCAAUAUGGCUGCCAAACACGUACACCAUGGCCAAAACUGCUGGCACAGAGCCCCCGGCUAAUCUGAAGAUUGUUGAGUCUUCAACUUCAGGACUUUCAGUGACCUGGCUUUUACCAAUUGUGUAUGGAUCUAAUAAGUUAAUUGGACAAGUUCUGAGAUGGUCUGAUGUGAAAAAUUCCAAGAAAGGUGAUAGUGAAUGGUAUGUGGCCAGCCAUAUCAACCUUGACCCUGCAGAUAAUAAUGUGACCAUUGAAGACCUGACCCCUGGGGCACAAUAUAAGAUUGUAGUAGAAGCAGUGGUCAGCAUCAAAACCUCCCUAGAAUCUGCUGAAAACGACAAAGAUAUACAACGAUACCGCAGAACUGCCAACGUGAUGUCAAAACCUUUGUUCACAAGAACCAGGGCUCCAACAGAGCCCCCCAGGGUGUACAUUACAGGUUACACCCAAACCACUGCCCAGCUGUAUUGGGAAAAACCGCCCCUGGUGUCGGUCAUUGGCAAGGAGAAUGAUGGACGACCUAAAUAUCUUAGGAGGUACUUAGAGGGGUAUAAACUGGAAAUUAAUGACAGGCUUCAUUCCUGUUUGGGACCCAAUGCCCAGAGUUGUCAGCUGACCAAGUGUAAACCAGGCAAAAAGUACCGAGUGGUGCUGGUGGCACUGACUUGUACUGACCAAGGAAAGAAAGACCGCAAGAAGAAGUACAAGGGAGUAUACAGAAAUGUCAGUCUCCAGACAGUAGACUACUCGGCUCUACUCCAGGAUGAGGAUAACCUUGACCCUUCACCUUCAGAACCUCUGGAAGUUGUCCUCCCCAGGGACCAAGAUGGUUACAUCAAGAGUUUAGAGUGCACAUUCAAGCAUGAUGAGGAUAGAGAUAACAGUACAUUUGGUGACAUUGAACUUCGCUGGGAAACACAAGGGGAGAGAAGUGAUGUCAUCACUCACGUCAAACAGUUUAACGUUAUCUGGUCCAACACUGAGGAGAGACAGGUCCAGACAAGAGUUGUCACUCCUGAUGCCAGGAAAACUCUGAUACCGGUCACAAGGUUAAAGGCGUCUUAUGAUAUCCAAGUGGAACCAGAUUACUUUACAGAUGCCCUGCACCAGGUUAACCAGAAAAUUCAGCUGGUUAUUCCUGGUCCCCCAGAUCCACCAGAAAUCUUCCUGAAGUCUGUUAGCCCAGAGGAGUUUGUCAUAGAAUGGGGAGAACCUAAGCUCUUUGGAGGGGUCAAAGUUCGAGGUUACCAGGUAUAUUUGAAUGACAAGAAAGUGGGAAAUGAACUUAGUAAUUCUCAUCGCAAGGCCGUAAUACCAUGCCGUCCAAAUAAGAACUACAAAGUACAGCUGGUGGCCUUGAGUGACAACUCAUUCUACAGCGACUCAUCCUUCUCUAACACGCUACUGGUCAGCACCUCCCCCCACUCCCCCCGCCUUCUGUCAGGGGAGGAUAUGGUCCGGGAGGAUCAGGACAUGAUUCCAGUCAAGGUCACUACGGUCACAGAAACCUCCAUACAAUUGGACUGGUCCAACUUCAUAGAGACAGAGGGGGUAACAGGAUAUAAAAUUCAGUGGAGCAGUGUGGCACAACCAGCACAAAGAGAGGUCAAACUAUCAGAUAAAGACAGUAGCUGUGUCAUCAACAACUGUCUACCUGGGACUACUCACUUUGUUCGACUGAUCGCUAUCGACGCUGACGGACAGAUUCUGGAGAAGUCCAAACAGUUGACCAUUCAGACUUCAGCUCCACCAGAUGCCCCCAUUCUGUCUGUCAGAGCUUGUAACUUCCGGUACAUAGCAGUACAGUGGGAGAAACCCAACACAUAUGGAGAUGCCUUAGUAACAGGCUACAAGGUGUACGUAAAUGGCAUUGUUGAGGCCAUAUUGAAUGCAGAACAGAUGAGCUUUACCUUCACACAUGGGAAAUGGUGCCAGGAAUACGCUUUCCAGGUGCAAGCCCUGACUUCUUUCGAAAAACUCCACAGCAAAGUUUCAGAACCUCUAGUGGUGGUUUGGCCAGGAUGUAAGGCCCCAGCACUGAAACGACUUGCCACCCACAGCAGUUCUUGUGUCAGAAUUGCUUGGGAUGAUCCUUACCUCACAGAAGGGGUCAAGGUCAAACAUUUCAGGGCUGUUUGUGUGGAACGUGACACAGAAAAGGAAGUGACACCCUCUAUUGGUCCAAUUCAUCCUAACACCAGAGAGGCAGAGUUCAAGAACCUUAAGCGAGGAUCAUACAGCAUCUUUUUAGAAGUACAUCUAUACAACACUGGUGAUGUGGUGUGCUCCGAGCCUCUACAUGUGGCCCCAGCUCCUGCCCCAGAUCCACCCCUGGUUACUGUUACAGUAGUUGGAUUGGAUGAACGUAGGGCUCUAGAGAGGCUGACGUGUGAUCUAGUCAACAAGAGGGAUAGGUUAAUAAGAAAAGUUGGUCAUAAACUAAAAGAAAUUGGUGCUUUAUCAAAUCCAUUGAGAGCAGAAAAGAAUAAGGGAGUGAUCGAGGGAGCCCACACAUUGUCCAGGAUAGAGGAAAUUCUGGAACACUGCUUCAGUGCCCUGGAACAUUAUACAGGGCAGCUGAUUGCCCAUGUCAGCUGGUCUUGUCCUCAGAGGCAGAGUGAGACCAGUGUGUCGGGAUUUAAAGUUCUGAUUGAUGGGAAACAGUAUGGAAAUACCAUGCAUGAAGGAGUUAAACAAGUUCGCAUCAAGCUUGGAACAGAGCAGCCAAUCUACAAACUGACUAUGGUUUCUGUGUCAGACAAACCGCAGGCCUCAAGUGCCGAAUCAAACGCUGUCGAUCUUCUGUCAGAGACCUUCAGGCCCUUCUCAUUCUACUGCUAUCACAGUAUUCAUAAUCAAAAUGCAAGGUGGCCAAACCAGGGAUGCUGCAAGUAUCAGGACUCUGUGAUGUAUGAGCGACAAUUAGCCAAAAAACUAGCCAAUCAGGGUCUCUUAAAACGCAAAGUCCCUCCCCCAGCCUGCAGCUUGCUGGACAUAUUCCAGGGUGACUACAAACCCUUCCUAGGGACUCACAACAAACAGUUCCCAACUGCCAUACUCUUCUGGACACCAUGGUGUCAUGGAUCUCAGAAAGUCAUGUCACAUUAUGCACGUUUUGCCCGCGAAGGAGCUUCUGAGUAUAACUUUAUUGCUGUAUCAUGUGGAGUGGAAGCUAACCAUGCCUCAGACAGAAAAUCCUUGAUCCACUCCAUUACAUCCAAUGGCUGGAGGGAACAAGGUGUUAUUUGGCAUUGUACAAGUCAGUGUGCAUCCCCUAUUGAUGAAGCUAGCAGUGUCUGGAAAAACAGCACUGCAGGAUCUGCUCCCAGGAAUGAUAUAGAGAAUGGAAAAAAGCACGUAGAUUUGACAGAAAUUCUGGGAAUAGCUGGUGUGCCUACUUUCCUGUUUAUUCAUGCAGAUGGGUACAUUGCCUGGCAUGGUCGAUACAGUGCCUAUGACUACGCAUCUUUUGCUGCCUUUAUGAGGCACACGUUCAGUGAGGUUCAAGGAGUGGGUUGUCCUGUAUUCCAGUGUGACUCUUGUAAAAAUGAUAUGACCAUUGAUGAUGAGUCUCUAGAGCCUGUGUUGCAAUUGGUAAGAGAGAGUUCCACUUCAGCUCUGUCAGCACCACGAUACAUAGAGGAACGUCGCCCUCACUCUCCCAAAAGGGCAGAUUCCCCCACAAAUGUUGACCCUCCCAUUGACAGAAUCUUCAUGAAGAAGCGUCCUCGCAGUCCAAAACGACACAAAAAGAUUUCCGUCAACCAGCGUCCAUUUUCUGCCUCCAGUGUCACCCAGGCACCUUCUCAUUAUGUCCAGUUGUUAAAAAGUCCUUAUAUGCAGAAGACAGUUCCCUCUCCGAAGGUUCUAAACAAGCUUUUACGUCCUCAGAGUGGAGGAGCAAGGCUUGGCUGAGGCUGUGGUCCUCAAAUCUGAGGAGUGAUUGGCUGAGAGGGUGGUCCUCAAUUCUGAGGAGUGAUAUGUUUAAGUUCUGAGGAACUGAUGUAAAA